AUGUAUAUCAUUACCAAUAUCUACUUUAUCACCGUAUGUUCUCCCCUCUCCAGACCUCUAUGGCAGCCCACUGACCCAAUUCACGUAGGCUAUUGCGGCGAUAGGAGGCGCUUUGUUUGGUUUCGAUAUCUCGUCUAUGUCUGCUAUGUAGGUUCCAUCACAAUACGUUUUCUCAUUUAUUUUUCCUCGGAAAACAACGGUUGCUGACAGCUAAAAGUAUUGGGACAAAGCAGUACAAUGACUUCUACGGACCUAACAUUGAUUCUGAUGUGCAAGGUGGAAUCACUGCCGCCAUGCCUGGUGGUUCCUUCUGUGGUGCUCUUGCUUCCGGCUUUCUCUCGGAUAGAAUGGGUCGUAAGUACAGUAUUCAGAUUGGAGCUCUUACCUGGGUUCUGGGUUCGAUCUCCAUUUGCAUAGCGAAGAACAUCCCCAUGCUUGUUCUGGGCCGUUUCACCAACGGCCUAGCUGUUGGGAUCUGCUCGGCUCAGGUCCCCGUUUACAUCUCCGAGAUUGCUCGUGCAGAAAUUCGUGGCCGUCUUGUCGGCUGUCAGCAGUGGGCCAUCACUUGGGGUAUCAUGAUUAUGUUCUAUAUCUCGUACGGGUGCUCCCAUAUGGAAGGAGCUAUUUCCUUCAGAAUCCCAUGGGGAGUCCAAGCGGUUCCAGGUGCUUUACUAUUCAUUGGGCUGUUUUUCUUGCCGAGAUCUCCUAGAUGGCUUGCUAAGAAGGAUCGUUGGGAAGAGGCCGAGAAAAACUUAGCCUUGCUACACGGGAACGGGGAUGCCAACGACCCUUAUGUUAAACAAGAGAUGGAAGACAUCAGGGCCAUGGUCGAGUUUGAAAGGCGGAAUGCCGAUGCCACAUUCUUAGAAUUGUUCAAGCCCAGUGUCAUUAACCGCACGCACAUCGGUGUCUUUACACAAAUCUGGUCUCAGAUGACUGGAAUGAAUGUCAUGAUGUACUAUAUAGUGAGCGGCCCAACCCCUCUAAUCCAUUCACUUGGCUAACUCUCCCAGACCUACGUCUUUGCGAUGGCGGGGCUGAGUGGGAACAAUCUCCUCCUCUCUUCCUCUAUCCAGUAUGUAAUAAACGUGGCAAUGACCGUCCCUGCCCUAAUCUGGAUGGACCGCUGGGGCCGCCGUAAAACACUCCUCGUCGGUUCAAGUCUCAUGAUGACCUGGCUCUUUUCCAACGGCAUCAUCAUGGGGUCCUUUGGCCAUCCUGCCCCAGAAGGUGGUGUUAAUGGUAUCAAGGCAGUAGCCUGGGAAGUCCAUGGGGCUCCAUCCAAGGUGAUCAUCGCAAAUAGUUAUCUAUUUGUUGCAUCCUUCGCUAUCACGUGGGGCCCUACCUCCUGGGCCUACCCCCCGGAGCUUUUUCCUCUCCGCGUUCGUGGAAAAGCUGUUGCCCUUUGCACAUCUGCAAAUUGGAUCUUCAACUUUGCUUUAGGAUAUUUCGUCCCCCCCGCCUUCGAGAGCAUUAAAUGGAAGGUAUAUAUCAUUUUCGGAGUAUUUUGUGCGGCCAUGACUGUUCACGUCUUCUUCUGCUUCCCCGAAACAGCUGGGAAGAGUUUGGAGGAGAUAGAGGCCUUGUUCCAGGAGGGACUCCCGGCCUGGAAAACACGGGUCUCUAAUGAGCCCAGCCCCGCGAGAGUACCGAGGGUUGACAGCUCCGAAAAGACUGAUUACGCGCAUGAUGCAGUGUGA